AUGCGGGAGAACAAGCUCUACGCGAAUUUGAAGAAGUGUGUCUUCUGUGCUCCGGAGAUUCCGGUGUUGGGCUGCUAUGUGAGCAAGAACGGACUCCUGAGAAAAUUGCGUCGAUCUGUUCUUGGCCAACUCCGACGAACCCCACUGAGCUACGACAGUGGCGGGGGAUGGCGGGCGAACUACCUCCACAAGUACACGAAAGACUACGCCAAGCUCAUCCAGCCGUUGUCGUCCUUGUUGAAGAAAGACACGCCGUGGCCAUUCCACGUCGUGUUCGAUGCGAGCGACUUCGCCAUCGGGAGCGCCCUGAUGCAAUUCGAUGAUGAGGAUCGAGAACGAGUGAUCAGCAACCAGUCCCGCCAGUUGAAACCGGCGGAGCGGAAUUAUCCCGUACACGACAAAGAGCUCCUCGCCAUGCACUACGCGCUGAUUAAGUUCAGGGUCUAUCUGCUUGGAGAGCAGACGUUCGCCGUUUACACUGAUCACGCAUCGCUGCGAACCGCGAUGAAGUCCCCCCACUUGUCCCAGCGCAUGGCUCGCUGGUUAUCGUUCUUCUCCGAGUACAACUUCGUGGUGCAUUACAAGCCUGGCAAAAACAAUAUUCUCGCCGACACGCUGUCUCGGCGUCCAGUCUAUGACCCGCGCGAGGGUCUUGGGCGUCCGGCCGUUGUCGAAGAUGAAGAGGACUCAUGCGCGACAUGCGUCGCGUCCGGACUGAAGCUGACGAGCGUCACCCCCGAGUUGUCACUGCGAGAAGAGAUUGCCGCCGCGUACGAAUAUGACGAGCAAUAUACCGGUAUCCUGACGCACCUUCGCUCGCCCAGCGAUGCGUCAUUGAAAGCUCUAUCGCGCGCGACUCGCAGUCAUAUCGAGCGGCAUCACCUUGACGGCUCCUUUUUGACGUAUGCCAUCGACCGAUUCGAUGCUCUUCGAGUGGUAGUUCCAAAUGACAACGAUCUUCGCGCACGGAUCAUUCACGAGUAUCACGACACGCCACAAUACUUGUUCUGUUAUUGCGAGCUUCCUCAUCGCUACGUGUAA